CUACGCCCGGCGCGCGGUAUUCCCCCGACCCGUGGGCCAUCUCGCCCGUCCAGCCGUUGUUUCCCCACGAACCUGCACCCGCAGCGUUUGUUCGUCCCCGUCCGCCUUAUAUACCACCCCGCCUCCUGUGCUAGCCCUUACUUCCCACUUCACCUUUGGUGUGCAGCUAAAUCCAGAUUGCGAUAAGCUCACGUCCUUGCCCGGAAGACAACUAAACAGUACACUGUACACACCAUGGCGGAAUCUCUCGCGUGCGCCUUCUUCCUCGACGCCGAGCCGGUUCGCGAGGCCAGCCUGCCCGCGCUGGACGCGUGCGCGCUCUGCGCCAGGCCGCUGGCACGCGACAGCGACAUCUUCAUGUACAGAGGGGACACGCCCUUCUGCAGCGAGGAGUGCCGCUACGAGCAGAUGCAGCUCGACGCCAUCCGCGCGAGGCAGGCUGCCAGGUCCGCCGGCCGGAGGCACCAGUACUCCUCAGGCACGGAGUCGCGGCGUGCGCACCAGGAAUCCAGGAAGGUGUCCGUGGCAAGCUGAAUGGCCGGACGGUGCUCCUUU